AUGGCUCCAACUAUCUAUCUUUAUAUUCAUCUCCAGGAUGAACCAUUUACCUUGUGUGAUUUUCUCCUUCCCUCACUCCCCCCAAUUCCCACUCCUCUGACCGCCAGCUCAGCUUGUGUCAUUCUGUCGGAACACGUGUAUUGGGCAUUGGGACAGUUUCGUUUUCCUCCUCUCUGCCUCGUCUCACUUGGUCGUCGGCAUGGCGCCAGCUCCCAACGGGUGGCACAAGAAGACAUGAUGGUACAGGGGAGGCUUGGAAGCAUGAGCUCCCCUCUCCGCUUCGGUCUUCUUCAACUCUGGCACUGUCUCAGAGGCCGGACUAAUGCAGCCCGACCUUCUGAAUGGGACAGAAAUGGCUUUUAG